GUAAGGAUCACCAGUCCACUCCAAUCCAGAACUGGCAAGCCCACUGACUGAACACUCAAGGGACAUAUCCUGCUCUGUGAAUAACUCAUUAACAAGUUUUUGGAGCCUAUAUAAUGUCUUUUUACGCAGAUCCAUUUAAAACAUCUAGUGCCCUUGCAAUGGACUUCAAGGAGCUGGGAGGCGAGGACAACUGCGAAGGAGAUACAGAGGGAAACGCAGAGGAUUUGAACAAUGUGAAAGUACUUACCGAAAAACUAAAGUUACAAACCCGCAGACCGUCCUACUUUGAAUGGCAGGAGCGCUUGCAGAGCCGACCGUGGAAGGAGAACCCAAAUGGUUUAGAUAAUAGUCAAGAGACUGCAGAGAAAUAUGUGUUUUUGCCUGAAAUUAUGCGGGAUGAGAACUCAGAUCUAACCAUCCGCAACAUCUGUGGCUUCGAUACCAUUGAUGAUGCGUUGGAUUUUCUUAGAAAGGAGCUGAGGGAGAUGCGGUUCCAGGAUAACCGUCUAGCGCGCCAGCUGAUCCGCCUGCGUGUGGAGAUCCACCGGCUGAAGGUGGAGCAGGUGUGUCACCGCCACAAGGAGAUGCUGGACGACGCCACCUACGAGCUGGAGGAGUGUGGCGAGGAGUCUGACCUGCUCUGUGACAUCCCCAUGAAGGCUGCCUUCGCCCUCUCCACCCCCCUCAAACACCUUGGCCUCACCAAGAUGAACAUCAACUCCCGACGCUUCUCCCUCUGUUAAAACAUAUACCACCCUGCGAGGCUUGACUUACUGUAUUAACGCCUCUAUCUAAUCUAUGCAGGGUAAUCAGGGGUUUUCCACUGCACAGGUUUCUGUUAUGACAUGAGAGGGAAGAAGAAUGGCUGGCAGAGCAGGCAGACUGUAAUUAGCCAAGUGGGAGGAAAUGGAAAUGACUCCUCUGCUCCGUGCCUAGCCCUGACGUGAGAGAGACACAGGCCUCCAUAGUAGAGCCCUGUAGGCGCACGGCAUACACCCAUAGCAAAGAUGCACCUUUCCAACGCACCUCAGGGAAGGUGCGGACUGGUAGGUCAGAGUAGAUAGACAGGGAAGAUGGUGAUGAGUUGUGGCUCUGGAACGGAUAUGGUUUGAGUUUGGAUUGUCAUGGUGUCCGCUCAAUUGCACUGUAUUCAGAUAAUUAGUUAUGAUGACCCACUGACAUAUAGAAUAGGCCUGACUGCCAUGGUGGUACCGUAACUAGAGAUGUCUCUUGAGCGUUGCACAGGGGAAUUGUCUUUCUUCAGACAAAGAAAAAAUGGUCACAGCGCUAACACUCAUUAACACGAGUCCCAUACUUUAAUCACAACCCAGGAGGAAGUAUGCAUCUCUUCAUACAGACACCUUAACAUUAGUCACACCACCAGGGACAUUUGACAGCCUAGUGGGAAGCAUUUCUCUCCCCUCUGCAUUGGCAGAGUCCCAGUCCACACUCCUCAGGAAGCUGUAGGUCACAUUCCAGCAUUCUGUCACCUCUUCUUCUGAGACCAGAAAUAGCAAGGAUCUCCAUUGGGUCAUGGCUUCAGUGAUAGGACAUUAUUCCAGGCGAUGCCUUAUGUAGUACUCCAUGCUUUUUAUUUUCCUUUAGAUGAUCCAGAUAUUGUAGACAGACCACAGCCCAAUGUGCUGUCAUUGUGUUUUACAGUAGAUUAUAGGCUUGGCCAACUGCAAUGUUGUCCAAGUAAAAAACUGUAUCAAAGUUUUUGAUGUAUUUAAAGAUAUUGUUCUCAGGAAGAAAGAGGAGAAACUGAAAGUAUUUUGGGGUGGGAAAUUUGAGGGAGUGAAUGUUGAACAGGAUUUGGUGGGUGUUACAAAAUGUUACAAAAUGUUUGCUGAAUAUACACAAAGCAAAAUGUAGAUUUGUAAGUGCCUGCUAAUGCAAGUUCCUGCUAAUGCAGGAAUAUCUCAAGGCCAUCCAUUAAUGUAUGAGGGAAAUGACUAGAGGCAGACUAGAGCAGUUUUCAAGAUGCUUGUUUUUCAAUGUAUUUGUUUAAAUGCACAAAAAAUUGCAACAAACUUGAAAAUACACUUGAGAAAAGAAAA